AACAAACCUGAUUUUUUUUUAUCUGGUUAAUUAUGUUAUUACAAAUUAUGAGAAAUAUUACAUAGACGAUAUUUUAACAAACCUGAUUCUUAUCUAAGGAUUAUUUUGACAAAAAUCCUUAAGUUUAAUGGGUCCACACGAUAUUAUAUUGAUUAAUUUCUAAGGAUUUUUGGGUAAGGAUCCCCAUUGGACCUGCCCUAACAUGUGGAUGAACUAAACGUUGUCAUAAUAGUAACCAAAGUAUGGUGAGAAGAAAACAUGGAUCAUGCAGCCUUGAAGAUGCCAUACUUUCGCAGUAAUGAGUGAUCUUGUCUCGCGAGGCCGGGUCAUUUUUUUCUUCGAUGUACAUUAAAUGUGGAGUAGAAAUUUGGACAUGCUAUAGAGGUAUUAUUGACAUCCCACUAACCCCUGCACUGAUGUAUAUAUCACGAAGAAGAAGAGUGGAUAUGAAAAGAAAAUAAAACACACAACACAAGAAGAUCGAGAGAAGAAAAGAAAAAAGAGAGAGAGAAAAUGAGGCUUAUACGCCACUUGUGUCUGCUACUUGUACUGAUAUCUAUUUCGGCAGAACCCACCGUUUCAAAUUCUUGCCAAAGGAACUGUGGAAAGAUUUCUAUACCAUUUCCAUUUGGAAUCGGGCAUGGUUGCUACCACAAUGAUUGGUACGAGGUCAAAUGCAAGAAUUUCGUCCCGUUUCUGCCCAAGAUCAACAAGGAAGUGGUCCAAAUCGAUCUUUCGAGACCACUAAAGCACGAAGAUAACUUAGUUGAGUACGUUCCUUUUGGGUCACUCCGCAUCAAAACCAACGUAAAUUCUAUAGGGUGUAAUAGCGGCAGCAGCGGAGAAAGGCCCGAAGAGCUUGUGAAUUUGACUGGAACUCCUUUUCGCAUCAGCGGCAAUCACAUGCUCGUGGCUUUUGGGUGCAAUAACAAGGUCACAUUGACGCAUGUCGAACCCCGAAUUGUCGGAUGCAUUUCUACUUGCAAUAUCACUCAUAUAUUCGAAAACUUUCCUCCUUUCACACCACUGACAACAGGCUGCUAUGGGUACAAGUGUUGCAACGUAAGCACACCUACAGAGAGCAGUGAUAAAAUUGGUGUGAAAAUAGAGAGCAUUGAUGGCAAUAUAACAAGCGGAGGGUGCAGAGUCGCCUUCAUAACCGACCAGUUUAACCAACCGUCGCGGCCGUGGGUUAACAUAACUGAUCCUAAAUGGUUUCACGAGAAGAAAUAUUCCACUAUCCAGCUAAAGUGGAAAGUUCUUACGAUGAAUAUGUCGUUUGAAGAAUCCUUGCAGUGCCUCACCGACCCACUGUAUGACGUUCACUCUAGACCUUGCUUCUGUAGUGGGGUGAUCACUAUUAGGCCCUUUAAGGAGAAGAUCAACUAUCUAAGAUGUGCCUGUACCUAUGGUUACGAGGGCAACCCGUACGAGGUAGAUGGAUGCAAAGAUGUUAAUGAGUGUACACUCCGCGAAGCUGGAAGUCCCAAGUAUUGCCCCACCCGCGGCGAAACUUGUCUAAAUGUUCCAGGAAGCUACCGAUGCGUGAUCAAGGAGGACAAAUCCUACCGAAUUUAUAUAGGGGUUGGCGUAGGUUCAGGCGUGUUGCUUAUAGGUGCAGCAUUUUGGCUAUACAAAUUGAUCAAAAAGCACAUAAAGAGGAACCUCAGGGAAAAGUGUUUUAGGCGAAAUGGUGGUAUGUUACUACAGCAACAGUUGAGUUCAAGGGAAGACUCAGUAGAGAAUACUAUGGUAUUCACUUCAAAAGAGUUAGAGAAAGCGACAGAAGGCUUCAGUUUGGGGAGGGUGCUUGGCCGAGGUGGCCAAGGGACUGUGUUUAAAGGCAUGUUAACUGACGGAAGGAUCGUAGCAGUUAAGAAAUCAACGGUCUUGGACGAAGACAGAGUUGGGGAGUUUAUAAAUGAACUGCUCAUCCUGUCUCAGUUAAACCACCGGAACAUCGUAAAAGUUCUUGGUUGCUGUUUAGAGACAGAGGUGCCAUUGUUAGUAUACGAGUUUAUAUCCAUGUGAGAUAACAAACUAAGUCCCAUAUUGGAGAAUUAGACAAGAAGUGUCUAAUAUAUAAAGAGAUGUCCAACUCUAAUAGUACGAGGCCUUUUGGGAUGGAAACCAAAAGUAAAACCAUGCGGGCUUGCCUAAGGCCCAAAGUGGACAAUAUCGUACUAAUAAGAUAAGAUAGAGUUGGACACGGGAUUUCACAAUCCCAACAAUUGGUAUCAGAGCGCGGUUGACGAGAAAUCUGCAAGAAAAACCGAAAUACCCUUUGAAUGAUGAAUGAGUGAUGAAUGGGUAUCCUAUGAGUUAGGAAUGAGAGGUGUGUGGCAGAAAUCAAGUCAGAAGAUCCUGGAAGUCAGUUGUGGGACACGAGAUGAAUGUGAUCCUUAGUUUGAGGGGGAGAAUGUGAGAUAACAAACUAAGUCCCAUAUUGGAGAAUUAGACAAGAAGUGUCUAAUAUAUAAAGAGAUGUCCAACUCUAAUAGUACGAGGCCUUUUGGGAUGGAAACCAAAAGUAAAACCAUGCGGGCUUGCCUAAGGCCCAAAGUGGACAAUAUCGUACUAAUAAGAUAAGAUAGAGUUGGACACGGGAUUUCACAAUCCCAACAAUCCAAUGGUAAUCUCUUUCAACGACUUCAAGAAGAAAGUGCUGAUCAGGUCUUAACAUGGGAAGUAAGAGUUGGAAUUGCUAAAGAUGUAGCCCGAGGUCUCUCAUACCUUCACUCUGUGGCUUCACCUCCUGUUUUUCACAAAGACAUCAAGUCUGCGAACAUCAUGAUUGACGAGAAUUUCCGAGGAAAGUUGGCAGACUUCGGUACGUCUAGAGUGAUAGCUGGUGACCACAUGAGCCACAUGACGUCGGUGGUUUCGGGUACUCCUGGCUACGUUGACCCCCAGUACCAACAGUCCGGCAGAUACACUGAAAAGAGUGACGCGUAUAGCUACGGCGUCGUUUUGGCUGAGUUGAUAACUGGACGAAGACCAUAUUUCCAAGGAAACAGUACUUUAGCAUCUUUCUUCCUCCACGCAAUGAAAGAGAAGAGACUUUUGGACAUUUUGGAUCCUCGAAUCAGAAACGAUUGUGACCUCGAACAAGUCAUGGUGAUGGCCAACAUUGCGAGUUCGUGUCUGAAUCUCGAGGGGGAGAAACGCCCAACGAUGAUACUCAUCUCCCUGGAACUGGAACAUACUUUUUCUUCCCAUCCGGAUACCAAAACCACGGGGAAUGACAAGGAAGAAGUUGCAGAAGCUAGCGGAAGAAGCAGAGAACCGCUGAGCAUUGAUGUCGCUUCAACUUCAACUUCGUAAUACGAACUCUCGUGAAGCUAUGCGUGGUCCGAUGAUGCUGAACCCUCAUUUCCUCCUCAAACAUGACCCAAUAUCUGAUGUUGCACUUAUCAAAAAGAAAAAAACUAUCUGAUGUUGUUUGUUAACUAUGAAAUUUACGUAUGCUUCUUUUUAUUCUUUUUCAUUUUGAAUAUUAUAUGGUAAAGUGUUUCUCCAGAGCAUGCAGACAUAAUCAUAUUACGGAUAUUUGGUGAUUAUGAUAAGUUAUUAUUUAUGCUUUAAAAAGUCUGAGCAAUCAAGUUUCUAAAGUUUCUGAGGCAUUUGAUGUUCUCAGGCUAUCUGCUGAUGCACCUGAUCAUGAUCUCGGUUUCUCUACCAUCGACUGAAAUCUCCACCCUCUAUUUUCUUUCCCUAGUUUUAUAUUAUGGUGCCUUUCUUUAGUCUUUUUAGCAACUUUCUAUUUAUUAAAACUUAGUUUAUGGUUUUGAGACUUUUAACUUAAUAUUUGGUCCAUUUUAUUUUAGAGUUUAUGUUCCGGAUCCGGACGAUGAUGAUUUUCUUAAUAAUGUCAUUAACCAGAAAUGAAUUUAUUCGAAUGAGUCCUACUUGAAUUUGUGGUUUGCAUUCAACAUUCUUGAUUUCAGUUGUGUAUGUGCACAAACUUAUAUUUUAAUGGUUUUUAAACUGGAAACAACCAGAAAUGAUUUCGUUUCAUAAUAAUAAAUGUUUGAUAUAUUUGGUUUAUGUUGAUCGCAUAUUCACUGAAUCAUAACAAGAAUCUAGUUCAAUUAGUUUAUUAUAUGUUGACUAUAUAUAUAAUAAUAGUACUAUUAUACAUAUUAGCUGAGUCUUCUUAAAUUUUUCUGUUUAUUUACUAAAAGUGAGUCUUCUUAGAUUUAUUUAAAAAAUGUGAGAUGAUUGAUACAUGAAUGAAUGAACAACCUCUAUUCAUGUGAAAGACAUUAUUAAAACUCAACAUUAGUGCUCUAGUUUCAAAUUGACAAUACUUUAGCACGGAAAGAAGACUUUUAAAAGAUGACUGAAUAAAAAUUGACAAUUUUGCAGAGGCUGCAACAAUUACAAAGCAUGUAAAGAUAAAUGGGGCCAUCUAACGAGUAUAUAGGCUGGGAUUGACUCGGCGCUUAAUCAUACGCGCCGAAUCUUAGCAAUUCUAGAGAUACUCUUUUCAUUGAAACCAUCUUCUGUGUGGAGGUACUUACAAUUCUAGUGAGAUAGCCGCACCUCAUAUUUCUGAACUGUUCAGACGUUCAAAGGACUUAUUUGAGACAUGUAAUAGCGGGGCAUGUAAAUUCAUAAAAGAGCAUCGUCAUUGUAUAAUCUCAUUGAUGUUCACAAGCAAAGUUGUCACAUCCAUUGUCAACAAAGCUGAACCUAUAGAAGCCUGCCUAAUUAAGAAUGCACCAUUCCAGAAGGAUUAUCUAACCAUUCUUAACUAUUUUAAGAAUGCACCACAUGCUUUGGUACAGCAGUGACGUCCAUGUCAUUUAAUGAAAUGACUCCAAGAGGCAACAAUAAGUAUGCUAGACAAUCAGAUGAAAACUCAGGAACUAGAUCCUCAGAGAAGUGUAUCAAACAUUUUCCUCUUAGAUGCUUCUGAUCUAGCCAACUUCCCCACAGCUAAUAUAGGCUCAGGGUUUAAUUAUUUUGGUACACAAGGUCUUUUGAGGUCAACCGGAGCUUUCUUUCUCAGUUGCUCUUCAGGUCUUCUCUCGAUCACAGCCGGUGCAGAUUUUGGUGUGUUGUCUUUAAUUACUUAGUGAAGUAUGGUAGUGGCCAUGUUAUAAUAACUAGUAACUGUCAGUUAUGAUUUGAUUAAUUUGUCUUUAACUACCUAUUUUUAGCAUGUAACUAAUUGAUAAUUAUGUAAUAUUCUCUAAUUUAUAUUAUUUGAUAUUAUUGGCCAGCCUUGCUUUUCGACAAUUGAACUCUCUUCAGGCCAUAUAGAAAUAAUUGGUUUAUGUUUAUAAAUUUAGAUAAAUCCAUUAAAAUUAUUUUAUAAUUAAGCGAAAAACACUCUUUCCAUGUAAUUUGUUAUGUUUAAAUACUACACCUUUGAUGUUCUCAGAUUCAUACUAAUUCAAAAAUAUAUUUUUUUUUUGGUUCAAAAAAAAUGAAGAAUCUCAUAUUUUUUGUGUCAGUUACUGCUAUGUAUGUUGGAUUGAGUGAAGCGCUACCACCAACAAAAGAUUGCAACGAUCGCACGAUAGAAUUUCAAAACAAACUCGGUCCUGGUAAGAUUCUGGGAUAUUCGUGUGAUUGGGUUACACGUCGUAAUUUUCCUAGAAAUGGAACUUUAAAAUUUAACGAAAAAUAUGUAUAUGAUGGAGCGACGAACGUUCCAAAAUGGAGUUGUUUUUUGCGGGCUAAAGGACUUUAUUAUCCAUUGAUAGUAGAAUUAUCACCUCCGACACCUCCAUGUAAUAAUGGGUUGCGCUCAUGGAUUGUUAAAA